UCUCUCAUCCACACAAAAGUGGCAGUCGAGUGCAAAAGGCUCGGUACCGGCGGCAGCUUUCAUUUGUCAACUUCAGACUCGAAUGUUUGAGUUGUGGUGGUGCGGUGCAGUGCAAGUCAUCUCGUCUGUCUCUCGCACCGGCACGGCCUCUUCAAUACUCACGAUUCAGCGGAUGGGCCAAGCACGGUAGCAUAUCGCAAGUAAGCAAGUCCUAGAGCAGGGCCGGUUGUUCGCCAUCCUGCUCAGAUCGCACUGAUCAGCAAGGCUUCACUCGGCACCUCUUCAUCUCACCUUGGCCAUGGAAGGAGAGUGGCACACGUGGGAGGAGGAUUUGCGCGCCUCGAGAGGACGUCAAGAGUAAUGUGGAGCGGGAUGUUCUAAGUGACGUCAAUGGAGAUGUUGCUGAGCAGUCUGCAACUUGCAUCACAGCACAGCACAGCACAGACGCCAAGUCUUCGAACGGAUCAUUUUGCUGUACAGUCGUGUACACGUCGAACUCACGCGUGCUUUCUUUCCCGUGUCUUGGCAAAGCAUGCAUAUAUGUCUGCCAUUUGAGGGGCAGAGCACGUUGCAACGGUCGAGAAGCGCGGCGCGGCGCGUUCGCAACCACUUCUCCUUUGACCAUGACAUUUCAUCAAGGCGACUCGAUACACAGCCUGCGCACAGUGCAACCUUGACCAGUAAGAUUCCUGAACGGAAGAGCGCUCUGCUUCACCCUUCGAAGCCUGGAACAGCAAACGCACAAGACAAACAUCGAUGGACAAAGCAUCGAGGAAGACGCGCAUCGCUGUACCUUCUGUCGUUCCAGCUUUUGCACUGCUAGCAUCGUGUGCUCCAGCAUUUGGGCUGCGCUUGGCUCGAGAUCGCAAUUCAAGUCCUUGCCAGGGGCUGUUCGCCAAGCCAGAGCAAAUUACGCGUGGAUCUAGACCUAAGCAUUUGGUGGGGAAAAUCCUACACAAGCCGUGGGAGGACGAUGUCGUCAUGUCACUUUUUGCUGCGAAGACGCCUUUUGAUGUCCAUGUCACGCUAUGGCUUAAGCGGUUCAGAAGAAGAGAGAUUCGCAGGUAACAAAAUUGCACGCAUACACAAGAAUGUCUUCAAGAGCGACAACGCCGGGAGGUUGAAGGGGCGAGCUUCUACUUCGACAAAGACUCGAGUUCAAGCUCGAGAGCUUUUCGCUGAGGGCUUAUUGCUCAGGCAGGCAUAUCACUGGGUGGACAUCUUGGCUUGGAUCUUGACGGGCGACAGCAGGCGGGUUUUAACGCUCGUCGGAGUUGUGAAACUUGUGUGCAAUUUUCUGGUCGGCACAUCGAUCUCGCCAAGUGAGUUACCUGCGUUGACUAUCGCCUUGGCCUCCUCGUCUGCUUGAUGAUGCUCUAGGUGCGUUGUCACAAGGGAUGUUGCUCUACUGCUGGAGUCGCGCAACAUCUCUUGGCUUAUCAAGUGCAGCUCUUGCUCUAGAAAUCAUCGGACAGGCUGUGUCU